AUGCUCUUCUCUACAAUCACCACGGCACUACUCUUCGCCGCCUCUGCUUCCCCUGCUGCUGCUCGACCACCGCCUCCCAGACCGCAGCAGCAUGCACCUGCUAAGAACCUCGACAAGCUCGCCUCUCUCUUCCCUCACAGUAACCUUUCUGCCCCGAAUGAUUUGACACUAAAGUACGUUGUGCUCGGCAUCGGUACACAGAACUACACCUGUGAGACACCAGACGGAAGCAUGGCUCCUGGCACCACUGGUGCUUUUGCUACUCUAUACGACAUUGGUUCAAGACUCAACGGCAGCCCAGACGCCAAGGGCAUGAUCGCAUCCAUAUCGUCUCUCGCACUCUCGCUCUACGAGUGGGCUCCCGACUACAUUUCCACCUGCCUCCAGGGCCAAGGCUUCCAGGAUGUUGUGGGCCAUCACUUCUUCGCCAAUGUCAAUGGAACGAGCACACCCACCUUUGCUUUGGACCACAUGGUUGCGCCAUACCCCAUGACCCAGGUCGCCAAGAUGGGCGCCAUUGACGCACCGGCGGGUGCAACUCCAGGCACAAACGGCCUUCCUGCUGUCCAAUGGCUCUACCUGCAACACAAAGCAGGCGUUAGCCAAGGCGGCAUCAACACCGUCUACAGAGUCGAGACUGCUGGGGGUAACAAGCCUGCGACGUGCAAGGGCAUGCCUGCUUCAUGGGAGGUCAAGUACGCCGCACAAUACUGGAUCUUUGGUCCCAAGUAAGUAAGCGCUGGGCUUACGACGCUCGUUUCGAGACUGUCACAAACACUUCAUCGUCGUCAUGGGUUCUUGCGGGAAUUUCUCUUCUUUGUUUCUCGGUGGCUCUGCUAAUUGCGCGCGCCUAUGACUAUUCAUCAUAGACUGGGGUCGUGGGCGGCUGCCUGCAUCUGUUUGCUUUGCUGAUUCUUCUUUUCUCGUUUUGUUCGCG